GCUCUUCUGUGCAAGAAGGUAUGAAUAACGUAUAAUGUAACAUGAGUAUGUGCUAUUUUAUUUUUUGACGUUUGAUUCGUCUUGGAAUAAAACCGUAUAGGCCUACUUCUAAACCUUAAAACUCAAAGAAAAUGGAAGAUUGUCAUGCAUUGACAUCCCACUGAAAACCGACUGACGCCCAGUAUUCAUUACAGCUAAUGUUUUUGCGGACUUGAUCUUGCAAAAUACCGAGAGACCAACGCAGAGAGGAGUCCGGGUCAUUCUAGAAAGAUGGGUUGCGGAACGAGCAGCCAAACUGCAGAAACCCCUAGAUAUGCAGGGGCAGGGAACCAUUCACGUAGCACCAGCAACACACAUCUUCACACAGCAAAUGUUAGUGCUGAGAAACCAACCCAAAAAGCAGUGCAUCAAGCAAAUACCACAAGCAGGUUACAGAGUAAAGGCGCUAAACCAGCACAGGAUGCAAAAUCUGUAGCAUCCAGGGAAAAUUCUGCAUCUUCAAAUCGCAUUGCAUUGGUUAGAGAGAAAACUCAGGAGAGUUUGAAAUCAUUAAAGGAGAGGACGAGGUCAUCAACACAUGAAACUGAUUCACUGAAAUCUGCAAGUUUACCAAUCAAUGAGAAAAUCCAAGAUUCAAAUACUAAAGAGGAAAAUGAAAUGAAAAUUCAAGAAAAUGAAACUGAAAAUCAGCAGAAGACAGAAAAAGAUAGGCCACUGUCAAAAGCUGACAGUGCUGUUGUUGUUAAAUCACCUGACCAAGUCAUCCAACCAAUCGAAAAAGAGGAGUCCCAAUUGUCACUCGUAUCACUUGACAACGGGGAAUCUGAUGAUACAGUCUCCCUGACAGAGGAGCAGAAGCUUGCUGCACAGGAGUCAGCAGCCUUGAUAGCUGGUGUGAUUGAAGUAGCAGAGGAAAAUGUUCAUCAGUUGGAGGAUAUGGAGGAAGAAAACGACAGCAGCCUAGAGGAGGGAUCGGUAGAGAGUGUGAGAGAUGAGGAGUGGGCAUCACAAAACGGAGACACAGACCAAACGAUUCAAACUGCAGGGCAAAUCUUAAUCCUUGAAAAAUCAAAGGAAGAAGAGCAGGAGGAAGACAUUGGAAACAAAAAGGAAAAUCCAAGAGAGAAAAUUGAUGACAAUGUCUGUGAUGAAUCCACCAAGUUACCUCCCCUGCCCCAGAGAGAUCGCCCUGCAAAUUUUCAGUGCCUUACAGCAUUCGGUCAUUCCAAAUGGCCAAUAAGAAAUUUUGCAAAAUUUGACUUUAAUGUCAAUGCUGGGCAUGGAGGUUGUGCAGGCUUGUUACUAGCAUCUGAUUUUUAUGGAGGGGCAGGUAAAUGCUGCAACUCUAGAAUCUCAUUUCUCAGAUGUGGUUUUGACUGCAACCACUUCAACCAUGCCAAUCUUGUUGGCAGCAAGGGGGAACAUUUUGGCCCAGAACAAUCCUACACAGUAGAUGAAGAGGGUAGAUUUAUAGGGGACCUGCACAUGGGAAACAAUCAUGUGAUGCUGUUGACCAAUGAUUCCAAAAAUGGGAGGCUCGGUAACGGUAUAUUGGUUGAAGCCUCAGAAGCUAGGGCCGACUUGUGUGUCAAUGUUAAUGGGAAUAAGGGAAAUAAAGGUGGAGGAGGAACGACUCUGGUUUUAUGUAGCGGAACUGUAGAGAGCAAGCCGCUGUCUGCCAUGUACAUGAUUAGCACUGGUGGGAAAGAGGAGUACAUGGCGAGUAAAUUAAUGUCUGGUAGUGAUAAUUGGACGUAUGGAGUAGGAGAAAAUGGGUCUCUGUAUGUGAAUGGUCCUAGUGACAGUCGCUAUGCUGUGUACCACAACAGGGAGGAGCUUGUCACUAUGGAAACGGGAAGAAAGCAGUCAAACGUUCUGAUGACCCAAGCUUGGAAUGGAAAAGAACCAACAGUAAUGGCAGACAGCAUCCCCUUCCAUGGUUGUUUUGUGGUUCUCUGCUCCAACAGCUCAGGAGUAGAUGAUCACACUUGUGCCGCAUUUUACUUCAUCACCGUUGAAGCAGACGGCAUUACAUCCAAGGUUAUAAGUGAACUUCAUGGAGAAGGGUACGCCACAGGAGAUCUGUGGAAGUUUGAGAAGUCAGGAAGCAAAGUUGUUGUCACCGGUCCUGUAGGUCCAUGCCGCUAUGUGAUGUUGUCUAAUGAGGAAUAUAAGAACCAGCAAUAUAUAUUCCAGGACCUCUGUUUGGCCACUGGCUCUCCUCAGCCAAUCAGGGGGCAGGUGGAGAUCGACAAGGAGGGUAUGCAAGGCAUUGUUGAGAAAGCCUGUAAAAUCUGCAUACAAGUCAAUGGAAAGGUGGUCAGAGUGUUUGAACCAGAGGAUCUGAAAAAAGUCAAGGAUGGCUUUGGAUUUAAGCGCCUCUGGAAGUCCGGAGAACUCCCAUGUGGAUCGUGCAUGGUCAGAGCCAUGAUCCUUAAGAAACAUGUCACUUUGGGUAAAGAUGAGAGCGUUCACCUCCCAGGCUCGCCCCGACAACUGGAGAUCCAGAAGGACAUGGUGCGCUAUGCCCUGAACUGUGGAGGGCCCACCUACACCUCGGUAGAUGACAUCACUUACACCAGCGAACACAGACAGUUUGCCAGCUUUACAUAUGACUUCAACUGUGGAUCCAGAUGGUUGGCAUUUGGUAAAGCCCACAAGUUGGUGAACUAUUUAGAGUUGAUCAACAACACUCAUGAUGGAUGUUUGUAUGCUUCAGUCAGAACUAAGUAUACAGAACCAGUUGAUGAACAGAAGGUUAUUUAUACCGUGAAGACAUUAGAUGUCCCAGACGGAGAAUACAUCCUGAGGCUUCACUAUGUUGGCAGAGGUUACAGGUCACAUAGAAUUGUUUUUAAUGGAGAGUCUAUCCAGUCUCAGGUUGCUACGGCUGGAGACAAAGUGCCUGACAUUGGUGGACAAGGACUGACCGCUUUCCCAGUGGACGUUGCUGUAAACAUCCGGAACAACAAUUUCGUCUUAAACACAGAGGCCCCAAUUGCUGGCUUUGCUCUGCUGGACAAGUCUUACCAAGACUCUGUGAAAUCCAAGGAAGACCUGAAGAUGGAGGCGGAGCAGAAGUCUAAAUUAAUGGACAAGACCGAACCAGUAAUGAGGGCCAUGAUUAGGAAAAAAAUGCAGAUAGUGGGAUGGUCUCAAAAUCUGUUAAAAAACUCCAGCGGUCAGAAUGGAGACCUGUCCUGUUGGAAUACCUCUGGGGACUGGAAGGUGUGUGAGGGGGGUUAUCAAACCGAAAAAUCUUUCGUGACCUCCCACAUGUGGUGUACCAAGUACCAGGAAGUGGACCUGACUGAGCACUUUUCUGAACAGUAUCUCGACACUGCUCCUGACAUACAGGUGACUGAGUGGUACAGAGAAGGAGUUUGUGGUGGCGGACAUUACAAAAUGAAGGCCAUUCUUCGGGAUGCCAAUGGUGAAGUAAUCAAGAGUCACGUUAUGCCAGAGACCGGCAGAAUUUACCGUGAUAACAAGUGGGAGCAGAGUGGCACAGUAUUCACAGACUACGGGCCAGGAGUAAGAUUUGUCUCCAUAGAAAGUUCAGGUAAGGAUGACAAGUACUGGGGAGGCCAUUAUGGACCGUUAUUUUCAAACUCGAUCAUCCGUGUCAAGCGAGAAACCAAACCAGCCAUGGGGGACAAAUGUGAAGAUAUUGAAAUGGAUCUAGAUGAUACUUCGAAAUUGAUCAAUGCUGUGGACAGCCUUAUAGGAAAGGUGUUAACAGACAACAAAGAAUUGUUGCAAGAAUACCUCGAGGAUCAAGUUGUGCCCAAAUUUGAUGAAAAGUUCGAAAAGCAGACUGAAGUGAAACCACCAAUGACCAUUCAGGUUCAGAAGCCGAAAACCAAGCGUAAGAAGAGAGAGAUUCGUGUGUUUGUGUCCAGCACCUUCAAGGACUUCUCUCAAGAACGGGAGGAGAUAAUCAAGAAGAGUUUCAGAGAGAUCAAUCAGCUAUGUGCAGAAAGGGGUGUCUUCUUUACUUACGUGGACUUGAGAUGGGGAAUAUCUACUGAGCAGUCGACAGAUGGAAAAACUAUAGCUAUCUGUUUGAAAGAGAUUGAACGAUGCCGUCCUUACUUCCUGUGUCUAUUGGGAGAGAGGUUUGGAUGGAGUCAGAAGAGCGGGGUGAAGGAUGAACUACUCUCCAAGUCCUACGAUUACGCUAUUGAGAAUCACCAGUCUCUGUCGUGGAUAAAUGAGCAUCGAUAUGACACCAGCGUAACUCAGUUAGAAGUCCUGCAUGGAGUUUUGAAUAAUGUAGAAACAAAUUCCAAGAAGAGCUUCUUCUACUUGAGAAAUCCCGUGGACAUAGGGAACAUGGACGAAAACGAACACAAGAAAUUUAAAGCCGAGUCAGAGUGGCAUUUGGAAAAACAAUCUGCCUUAAGAAACGCAGUGAAGGAACUAGAAGGAAAGGUCAACCUCAGAACUUUCACCUUACCCACUGAAGUCUCCAUGAUGAUUAAGGAGGAUUUACAAAUGUGUAUAGAGGAGGAUUUUCCUAUUGGGUCAGAGUUAACUCCCCUUGAACGUGAGAGAGAGGCUCACCAGGCAUUUGCAGACAUCCGUUGUCAUGUCUACAUUGGAAGAGAGGAGUACUUCACACAGAUUGAUCAGCACCUGCAGAAUGGAAUCAGUCAACCAGUGGUACUCCUGGGAGAAUCGGGUUGUGGGAAAUCUGCCCUUGUAGCCAACUGGGUCAAAAGAACACAGACUGCAUACCCCGAGGCCUUCCUGUUCGUCCACUUCAUUGGAAGCUCUGCAGAAAGUGCCAGCUACUUAAAGUUACUCAGAAGACUGUAUGAGGAAUUGAAGAUUUUCUUUGGCCUUGACCUUGAUGUUCCUAACUCUGACACAACCUUAGUGAGAGAUCUAGGGAAAUGGCUGAAGAUCUGCAGUACGAGACGGAAGUGUAUUGUUGUUCUGGAUGCCCUGAACCAGCUGGAUGAUGGCUCCAAGGAAGAUGGUGUGGAGCAUGAUCUCUUAUGGAUACCUGGAAAUUUGCCAAAGAAUGUGUUCAUCCUGUUGUCAACACUACCAGGGCGAGCAAUGGACUCUGUGAUCAAAUUUGAAUGGCCGACAAUGAAAGUGUCCCUUCUUGACAAUUCUCAGAAAAUGGAGAUAAUCACAGGGUAUUUAGAAGGGAUCUAUGGCAAGACCCUCAGUGAGGAGCAGAAGGAGAUGAUAGUCGAGUCCAAACAGACCAAUAACCCACUGUACCUGCGCUCUCUGCUGGACGAGGUGAGACUGUACGGUAACUUCCGGAUGUUGACAAAGAAGAUCCAGGAUUACUUACAAGCUGACAGCCCGGGUGUACUGUUCACAAAAAUCCUGGAACGUCUAGAGGAAGACUUCAACAUGGACGAGUCUUCACAUGGAUUUUUAAAGGUUUUGUCUAAAAACCUAAGAAAAAACCUGAUUAUGGAAACAACUACAGCCAUUUGGUGUUCCAACAGAGGGAUGUCUGAAAAUGAGUUGGUGGAACUUUUGGAGGUGCCUAUGGCAGUAUGGUCUCCUUUCUACAUGUCCUUAACUGACAGCCUUGUCAACAAGGAUGGAAUCCUCAAUUUUUUUCACGAUCACCUCCGUCAAGCUGUGGAGAGGAAGUACCUCAGCACUAAGGAGCAAAAAAUGGCCACCUAUCUCAAGCUGGCGAACUUCUUUUCCACCAAGGAACUGACAGACAGAGUGGUUGAUGAACUACCUUUCCUCCUAGCAAAGGCCGGGGAGCUGGAGAGGCUGAAGGAGACCAUCAGUGACUUCAAUGUGUUCCAGAGACUGAUCAAGGAUGAAGAUAGAACUUUUGAACUUAUCAAAUCCUGGCAGAUGCUGGGAGAUUACACCUUAGUUAAAGAUGAGUAUUUCAAGAAGCUUGCAGAGAUCCCUGAAGCUGACCGUGGGACUGAGAAGUAUUCUUCCCUGCUGGACAAUCUAGGCGGGUUCUUUGUUAACCUCGGGCUGUAUGAAGCUGCAAGAACGGUGUAUGAGAUGUUGUUGGCAGUAUUAGAAGCUAGAUUCAAGGAGACUCACACCGCAGUGGUGUACCAAUUCUACGCUCAGAAGUGGAAGUACCGCACCAAACAUCCAGAAGUGCUCAAUGCUCUGCAGAAACUUGGUUUGAUCUGUGAGAAGCUGAUGGAACUGGAUGCCAGUAAAUAUUAUUAUGAGGAUGCCAUCAAUCGACAGAACCGAAUUGUUACUCCAACACAAAAACUGCAGUUGUGUGAAGGUAUCUUAGGACUGGCCAGUGUUAUGAAUCUUAAGAACGACAUGAUACAAUCCCGAAAACUUUUGAUACGAGCCCUGGAGCUGGCUACAGACGUCCUUGGCAGACAGCACCACUUUGUGGCAGCCAUUUUCAACAAGCUUGGAGUCCUAGGUUACACCCAGGGCCGUGUGGAGGAGGCACUGGCUUACUACCUCCAAGACCUGAAGCUGACCCGUAGUGAGGUAGGGGUCAAUCACCCCACAGUGGCCCGAAUCCUGGGCACCAUUGGAAUGGUGUAUGAUGAUAAGAAUGACAAGCUGGCUGGAGAGCUGUACGAGGGCAGUCUGGCCAUGUUGUUGGAUACCUAUGGGUCUGCCCAUGUAGACGUGGCAACUGUCAGGUAUAACCUUGGUACCUUCUACUUUGCCACAAACUACUUUGCCAAAGCCAAAUUCCAGUUCCAGGAGGCCUACAGCAUCUUCCAGGCCUUCCUGUCAGACGAUCAUCCAGACACCAAAGCUGUGAAGGAAGCUCUCGACGCUGUGCCUUAAAGAUGUACAAGGAAUGCUUAGUUUACACAGUGUGGAGGAACACCUAGUUUACACCAAUGUGAAGGAACACUUAGUUUACACCAAUGUGAAGGAACACCUAGUUUACACCAAUGUGAAGGAACACUUAGUUUACACCAAUGUGAAGGAACACAAUAGUUUACACCUGAGAAACCUAAGUUUACCCUUAUCCAAAAGCAGUGUCUUAUUUUAUGUCAAAUUUACCCUAUAUGUGUAAUUGUGAAAACUGUAGAUAACAGAAUUUGUUGUUAUGUGUAUGGAACUAUAUACAUGUAUGUAAUUAGAGGUCUCAACAGAGUAUGUGUUACCUAGAUUAGUGUUGUUCACAUUCACACUCACUCACUCACUAUCCGAGUUUAUCGUCUGUGUUCCCCUCGUCAGGGGUUCGACGUUGUCUGGCUGUCCACAUUAUUCAUUCUAAUGUUAUGUUGUGAAGAUGAUUUUGUCUAUUUUUGAUUAUGUUUAUUUUUGCUAUGUAUAGAGAAUACAUAUGUACAAAGUGAAAUCCAUAUUACAUCAGAAUUGUAAUGUUGACUUGUGAUAUAUUUAACUAAGCAAACUUGGUCGUGUAUACAUCAUCAAAUCCAUUAUUACCAUUUCCUGUAAAACUUAAUUACCAAAUUUUUUUUUAUUAAUUAUUGAGGGGGGGGGGGUUGAAAUUCCGAAUCUGUCCACAACGUUUCCAAUUGUAUAUUGUUGAUUUUCACAUGAAAUCAUUUCAUUACAAGCUGGCUGUGAACAAAUGACGUUGGUCUAACAACUCAAUAUGAAGGAUGAAAGUGCACUUAGAUUACAGGAAUGGAAACAUGUGUCCAUGCAUGUAUACUGUUUAUGUACCUGUGAUUCUGAUAGAAUACUUUUCUUCUACUUAUUGGGAUCAGUAUUUUCACACCUUUUUGACUUAUUCAAGGUGUAAUUACGUUAUAAUCAGUAAUGGUCUUCCUUAUAUUAAAACCUGGUGGGUCAGUGCCAGUUUCUGCACACUCAGGGGACAUAUAGACAUGUCGGGAGGGGGGGGGGGGGGCACUGGAUUUCAUGGUAGACAAGUUACCAUUCUUUAUUAUAGUUCAGUUCUUCUUGUUCCCCCAAGAAUGUAAAUUCUCAGACAUAUCUAUAGCAUCCAAAAAAAAAAAAUCCCCACAAAAAUUAAUGUUGCCACGUCACAUGAAAUUAUACGCAGUAAAACUUGAAAAAGAACUCUGUUAAGUCAAAACCUGAUUUCAACUAAAAGUAUUCAGAUUUCAAUAUACAAUAGAAGUUUAGAUAAUUUUGAACCAUCUAAGUUAUUUCUGUUGCAUGAUCAGUUAAUUCUGAGUAUUGUUUUUUAAUCAUUGACUGCUUUUGCAGAUGUACUUCAUGAUAUUGAUUGAUAUGUCUCGCAUGUUUUUUGCGCUGUGAUAUAAGUUUUAUAUUAUUAAUAUCCAUAUACAAACUGGGUUAUGGCAAAUGAGAGAAUUGUUUUAUUUUUUAUUUCAAAUUCUCUGUACCCAUCUAUGAUGCUAAAUUUAUUUGUUAUACAAACAUUGUAAUUCCACAAGAUAUUGACAGGGUUUUUAUUUAGAACAUCCCACCUUGACAUGCAUAUGUUGGUGUCGGUUUUUCCACAUUGUUUUGAAAACAAAUGUGUUUACACAUUUUCUCCACUUUUGUAAUCAUGACCAUGGAGACAUUCCAUUGUAUAUAACCUUUUAACUUUAAUAUUAAUUUCGUCCAUUUGUGAACUAUUGCUCAAUUAAUUUUCAAACUCUUAGAUUUUUAACAUUUUUUACACCUGUGAUAUCUUGCAACUACUGAUAUAUUUUUAAGCAUUGUUAAUUAUUUGUGCAAUUGUUUUUUUAAUACCUAUAAUCAUUGUCAGCAUUAUUAUUUUUUUUAUUAAUUAGUGUAUAGUAAUUUCAGAGCAGUAUAAUCGCCUUUAUUUUAUAACAAUACUGAUUUCAAAAUAAACUAUGCCGUCCAUGAACAAA